AUGAAGAACUUUACAGCCAACUUUGAUUCACGCGUUAAAACCUAUGAGAAAAUUAAUGAUACUCAAUAUAUUGUUGAAACGGAAAUUGAAGAAAAAGAGAUUACUACCGAAGACAGUAAAUCUAAACGACUAACACCUAGUCAUUUGGGAUCAUUCGUUUUAUCUCACAGUAAAAAAAUAAUGAACAAUUUCAUUCACGUCAUAAAUGGAUUUUAUAAACCCGAAAUAUACUAUACCGACACCGAUAGUUUGUACAUUUCAUCCAAAAAUUGGAAAAAACUAAACAGAGCUGGUUUGGUCUCCGAAAAAGACUAUUGCAAAGGUAAAAACGAUUACGGUGACGGUGGAAUUAUAUGUGGUUUAUAUUUAGCACCAAAAGUCAAAUACAACAUCGUUUUGACUUCUGAUGGUGUUUUAAAAGAAAAGAAAACGUUUAAAGGUUAUUCUAAUGAUAAGAUAAGUGUAGAAGAUUACGUUCAGUUAGCAAGCGGACAUGAUGUGUCGAACGAAUUUAAUAAACCAUGGGAAAAAAGUUUCACUAAUGGAGUAGUUAUUCCAAAUGAUAAACAAACUAAAGUUUUUAGAAGUUAUUUGAAUAAUGUUAAAAGAAAACCACCAAACAGUGAAGGAAUUAUGUAUCCUUACAACGACAAAGAUGAGUAUAGUUUUGACGAAAACUAUGAAUUUGAUGAUUUCGAUUAUCUUUCUAAUCAAGAAGAGAAUGAAGAUUGUUUUAAAUGA